AAUUGGAUGGCAGCCGAUUGAACUUGUGCGGAAAGCUGCGGGUCCUUUUAACACCAGUAGAGUGCACUCCGCUCCACAGUGGUUGGGUCACUUCGCCGAGAAAGCAACGGUGUGGUUUUUCCAGUUGCGGCUGCUGCACCUCGGAAACAGUGUAAUCUGUUUCAAGGACAACAGCGAUUCUCCUCUCAUGCCGGUGCCGGUUUAACGUUAGGAGAGAAAAUAUAGCCGGUUUUUCGUUUCGUUCAGACGAUUGCACAUUGCGGAGUCCAGUCAUACGUUUCACUUGGAGUUAGGAGUGCUAACACGUUUUGCGCGUAUUCCUCGAACCAUGGAAUUAUGGAUAAAGUUGAUGUUAUUAUACUGCUGUUGUUUAGGAACCAGUGCUGAGAAUGACGGCAGGUGGCCUCGUCAGAUGGCCUUGUCCAGUGGGCUGUGUCGCUACGGCGCCCGUGUCGACUGCUGCUGGGGAUGGACCCGGCGCUCCUGGGGCCACUGCCAACCAGACAUCUUCGCCCUAACCCACAUGGUAGUCGGGGGAAUAAGGUGUCCACCACAAGCUCUCUGCCAGCGCGGGUGUAAGCAUGGGGACUGCGUCGGACCAGACAAGUGCAAGUGUCACCCCGGCUUUACAGGGAAGACCUGCAAUCAAGAAGAGGAGCCGGACUAUGUAACACCACUAACAUGGGACAGUCACCCCCCUAUCUUUAUUCAUCUGGGCCACCAGCCGCCAGCGGGGGUGUCAAUGGAGGACCUGAACGAGUGCGGUCUGAAGCCGCGACCGUGCAAACACAGGUGUAUGAACACCUACGGCAGCUACAAGUGCUACUGCCUCAAUGGCUACAUGCUGAUGCCAGACGGGACCUGUGGAAAUACCCGCACCUGUGGCAUGGCCAACUGCCAAUACGGCUGUGAGGUGCUCAAAGGGGAGGUGCGCUGCCAGUGCCCGUCGCCGGGGCUCCAGCUAGCGCCAGAUGGAAGAACCUGUGUGGAUGUUGACGAGUGUGUGAGCGGCUCGGCGGCUUGCCCCCGUUUCCGGAAGUGCAUCAACACCUUCGGAAGCUACAUCUGCAAGUGUCACCAGGGCUUCGACCUGCAAUACAUAAACGGGAAGUAUCAGUGCGUAGAUGUGGACGAGUGCUCCUCGGGCCAGAGCCUCUGCCGAGGUUUCUCCACCUGUUACAACACGCCGGGCUCUUACAAGUGCAAGUGCAAAGACGGCUAUAGGGGGAUGAGCCACGACUGCAAACCCAUUCCCAAGGUGGUGAUUGAUCCACCCAGGUUCCCCCCAAACCACCAAAACCUCAUCCCAGACUCAGACACCCCCACGACUAUCCGUCCACCUAGGAGAAUCGCCCCCACCACCCCCAAACCAACAACCACCACGACCACACCGCCACCGCCGCCGCCUCCCCCGAAAAGGAUCACCCCCACGGCUCGCAAGCCGGCGGUCCCCACGAGACGACCCGUCACACCGACUAGGAGGCCGUCCGUGGUCACCCGCAAGCCCUACCUGCCCCCACCCAUCACCCCAGCACCACCUCCCACCCGCAGGACACCCACCGUAGUGCCCACCCGACGCCUCCCACCCCAGCAGGUCACUCCAGUGGACAACACCAUUGAGAAGGAUGUCACCAAACAGAGGGGGGACGUCCAUAUUCCACGCAACCAUGGCGACAACACUGUCCUGGGGGUUGACUUUGACAUUGAGUUGGGCAACACGGCAGACGAAGCCGAAGACGACGCAGAGGCUGGCUACCUGAGCUGCUCCUUUGAUAAUGGCCUUUGCGGUUGGAUCCGAGACAAAGAUGGUGACCUUCACUGGGAGACAACACCAGACCCAUCAGGCGGAAAAUACCUCACCAUCCCAGACGUGGGCAACAAGAGGAGCGGACGAGGAGCGCGCCUCGUCCUUCCGCUGUCCCCUCCCUGGAACAACGGUAACCUGUGCCUGUCGUUCCGCCACAAGCUGGCAGGGCAUCACGUGGGCAUGCUCCAGGUGUUUGUGAAGAACGGGAAACAGUACAGCCCAGCGGUGUGGGGAAGGACAGGAGGGAGUGGGUGGAGACACACGCAGAUAACACUGUGGAGUACGGGACUGGAGAGUGUGAUCCUGAAGGGCGAGCGUGGGCGUGGCCGGAGCGGAGAGAUGGCGGUGGAUGAUGUCACCUUGAGGAAAGGCUCCUGUACUGAGGAGCACAAUCUCAGGAGACAUUAGAGCACACAGCAGAGAGACAGACCGAAGGAGAGGUGUGGAGAGGUGACACACAGGGAGGAGCGGACUUUGAUCGGACCCCCUAGAGAGGGUCCAAGAGCACCUCUGGGGAGAUGAGGCAUUUCUCCCUGCCUGCCCACCAAUAGGAGGACCGCACCAAAUCUAUCAACCAAUAAGAGAACCGCACCACACCACAGGGGUGAGAGAUGGUCCUCCCAUGAGAACUCCCCCCCCACCCACCCCCCUCAACACUCUCUCUAGUACCCUGCAUGCCUCGGUGAUCCUGGACGCCUCCCUGUGAGCACCUCCAGCAAGCCAACCACACCGUCCGGAGGCCUCUGGUGAUUUCUGUCUUUUUCUUAGAGAAAAGGAGAGUAUUCUGUCUCGCCCCUAAUUUCUUGAUCAAGGGGCUUCAUUAUAUUGCUUUCAUACUUUAAUCACAAAAGCCACGGCUGAUGAUUUGUCACUGACGAGUCCUGGAUGCUCAGUUUCAACCUGGGUCAUGUUCAUUAGGUGCCAAACAGUAGGGGGAAAAGUGCCAAAGAGAGUGACUACCAGGACUUACCCAAUAACAAACAAUUAUUUCAGUUUUUCUUUGCAGAGCAUUUAAAAGAAAUGGCCUGUCGUGUACUCCGAUGAACAUGAUCCAGAGACAACUACAGACGACCCCUACUAAUGAUAACAGGGAGAAGAGAAAAUGGAAGCCCGCUCAAUUCAUUUAGAGUUUGCAUAACUAUUUAGUGCUGAAGCAAGCUUAUGUGAGUAUUGCAACAACCAUAUGCAAAUAAUCACAAAAUAAUUCUCCCAUAGCAAGUAAUGGCUUAUGAAUUCUGACCUUUGAUGAUUGACCGUGAUUUGUAUGUGCUUUGUUCUAUUAUGUGCAAGUUGGUUGUAGGCUAAUGACAACAUUAUCAACUUUUUAUUUUCGUCUCACACCAAGUGUAUUAUUGUAAAUGUAUUCGUGUGUACAUAUUCUACAACUCUUAUGCUCAUAUUAACCUGUAUGGUUUAUAAGUUAUGUAAAAACCUAAAGUGCAACUGAACCGAAAAAUCUAUUUCUCUAAACAAAGGCGUAUUUGCCGUAGAUAUGGGUAAGAAACAUUCAAUUUUCAGAAUUGACUACAAAGUGUAAAUAGGAUCAUUAUGGUAAUGAAAUCAAUCUCGUCAGUUACAAUUUGAAUUAAGGUUUUGCAUUACAAUAAAUGCCCCCUUUGGUUAAACUCCAGAUCCUCCCAUUUUUAGCACGUUACGGUCUGCCCCACCCCUGUCAUUAGGACUGGUUGAGUCUACUUAAAGCAUAAACAUUGUGCUCACCUUGUUGAGCAGAUGGACAGAAUAAGGAUUACAGUUACAUCCAACAAAAUCAGAAAAAAGUUGAGUGAGUUCAGUUGCCCUUUAAGUAUUAAUUGGAGCAAAAAAAUGUUUGGUUGUUUCUGUAAUACAAGCUCAAUAUGGAUAAAAAUCUAAACCUUGUGGAAAUUCAAGGCUGUUUACAGUACAUAGCUAAAUGACCAUAUUUUCCAUUCAUGUUUUUUGGUGAAUGACUAAAUGGAUUCCUCUUUUAUUUUUUUUAUUUUUUUUUGUUUCACAGUACACAGUUGCUAUAUGAAGGUUCUGAUCAGUUGAAAAUUCAAGUCGUAGGCUACUGUAUGCAUGGAUCAGUUCAUAAUCGUAUAAAAUAGCCUACUCAGUCGAUUAUGUAAAUAAAAAGGAUAUCGACUGAUGCCGGUUCAAAUAAGUGUGUCAUUGUCAUGUUGUCUUUGACUUCUGUGUGAGACAUUUUUGACACCCCCAACAUUUCAAUUUAGAAACUAAAUUGGUAACAUUCUCUGAGUUUCCAACGUAAUUACUGAGGCAUUCAAAUGCUGUUGGAGUACCGAUUCAUAAAAGUUAACUUCCAACUUGGAGUUCAACUGAGUCGGGAUUACAAUUAGAAAACUGAGAAAAAUGUUACCUACUGUAAGCGUUGACAUUUCAAUGUUUUAUCAGUCUCAAACAUUUUAGCAGAUGAGGCGAGUGUGGCGAAAUGCUUGUGUCUCAGCUCCUAAACAAUUGAGUAGUCAAAAGUAACUCCACUACAAGAGAUUUAAAAUAAACUACAAUUGUUUUAACAACAUUA